AUGGCACAGAUAUUCGACUCUAGAAAACCAGAACCCUACAUCAAAUCAUCCUGUAAGAAAUGCAUCACGCCUAUCGAGUUUUAUCCACAAGGACAAGCCGUUGGACAGAGAGUAUCAGUCAAGUGCUGGGCUUGUGAGCAAGUAGAGACUUACACAGUAACCGAGCCGAUCGUCAGUACGCCUCACGCAGACGCUAAAUCAAGCGCUUCCAAGGCGAGAAGCUCAAGAAAGAAGGGCACUGAUCAAAACCCCAUUUCCACUGAAUACUAUGAAAUUUUGGGAGUUUCCGUCACUGCAACUCCAGAAGAAAUCAAGAAAGCAUAUAGAAGACGUGCUGUUAUUCUUCACCCUGAUAAGAAUCCAGGAGACCCAACCAUGGAGGAAAAGUUCAAGAAGCUAUCAGAAGCAAACCAAGUCUUGUCAGAUCCCAAGCUGAGAAAAAAGUACAAUGAGUAUGGCGAUAUAGGCGUGAAGCCUGAUGGCGGUUUUGUUGAUCCUGAGGACUUUUUCAAGCAAUCAUUCGGUGGGGAUCGAUUUGUGGACAUCAUUGGAGAGAUCUCUAUCGGCAAAGACAUGCGCGAAGCAUUGGAUACAGCAGAAGAGGACGAGGCAGACCUCACACCCGAAGAGAAAGCAGAGCGAGAAGUGCAAAAAACGGCAAACGAGCAAGAGCGCAACCUUGUGCGUGCUAGACGCAUCGAAUAUCUUGUAGAAAAGCUGACCCGCAAACUUGAUUUGUAUAAUACCCAAGGCGAGCAAGAGUUCAAAAAGACCAUCAAAACUGAGGCUGAGGACCUCAAGGGCGAGAAUCAUGGCGUCGAUCUUUUGCAUACCAUUGGCUACAUCUACAGUGCUAAAGCAAAUCAUUAUGGAAGUAAGAAAUCUGCUUUUGGUUUGGGCGGCAUGUAUUAUAGUAUCAGAGAGAAGGGUUAUAUUUUCAGCCAGACUGUCGGUACUUUAAGAACUGCUUACGACCUGCAAUCCACAUUUGGUGAACUGCAGAAAGCCGAAGAAAAGGGAUUAUCAGAGGAAGAAAGAGCCAAGUUGGAAGAGGCAGCAGCAGCCAAGGGGUUGGAAGCUAUUUGGAGGGGAUCCAAGCUGGAAAUCGAGGGCGUAUUGCGUGAUGUUUGCGACGAGGUGCUGAGUGAUGCAAAAUGUACAAAGACUGACCUUGCCAAUCGCAUCCAUGCGUUGAGUGUGAUUGGCACAAUUUACCAAGCCGUUGUUUCGGACGAGCCUGCUAGUGUCAGUGAAGAGCAGCAGGUGCCUGAAACUCAGUGA